AGUCGCCGCAGAGGCUGAUGGGGCACUGCAAUCCGUGCGGCCGCCAGCGUCGGUACCAUGGCGACGCGGGGUCUGACUCCGAUGGCAAUGGCGGUUUGGUCCAUUUUAUCCGGUGGGGCUGUGAUUGCGUUAUUCCUGUUGUUCUUUUCUCGCGUCUCACAGGCCCAGACUUUCUCCUUCCCUUUCCAGCAGCCGGAGAAGUGCAACCCCAACCACUACUUCGAUAUCUCUGUGCUCUCCUGUGUCCCGUGUGGAGCCAACCAGAGGCAGGAUGCCCGAGGAACUUCAUGUGUAUGUCUGCCAGGAUUUCAGAUGAUCUCUAGUAAUGGAAGCCCUGCCAUUAUUUGUAAAAAGUGCCCAGAAGACAGGAAAGGUGUUACUAAAGAUGGCUGGAACUGCAUUUCUUGCCCCCAUGGCUUAACUGCAGAAGGAAAAUGCUACUGUCCUGCUGGCCAUAUUUUAGUGGAAAGAAAUGUUAGUGGGAUGUUGUUGUCUGAAGCAACUUGUGAGCUCUGUGAUGAAAAGGAAGACUCUUUUACAGUACCAAAUGCUUUAGGAAACAGGUGCAUCCGAUGUGAACCAACAUUCAUUAAUACCAGCAAGUCCUGUGCAUGUUCAGAACCUAACAUUUUAACAGGGGGAUUAUGUUUCAGCAACACAGGGAAUUUUCCUCCAUGUAGAAUUUCAACUACACGUUAUGGAGAGCUUGGCAUGUCCUUAACUUCAGAAUGGUUUGCAAAGUAUUUGCAAUCAUCAGCAGUUGCAUGUCGGAUGUAUGCUAAUCUAACAUCUUGCCAAGUUCUUGGAAAUAUGUGUGUGAUGAACAUGAAUUCUUAUGAUUCUGCCACAUGUGAUGCAUGUCGACUGUUUCAGUUUAUCUUUGAAAAUACUGCUUCACUGAGCCCUGUUCAUUCUAUUUCAUUUUGGAGACAGAAUCUUCCAUGGCUGUUUUAUGGAGACCAGCUAGGAUUAGCACCUCAAAUACUCACUACUACCCCUCUUCCUACAAAUUUCAGUUUUAAAGGGGAAAACCAGAAUACAAAACUGAAGUUUGUUGCUGCUUCCUAUGAUAUAAGAGGCAAUUUUCUCAAGUGGCAAACUUUAGAAGGAGGUAUUUUACAGCUUUGUCCAGACACAGAGACAAGGCUAAAUGCUGCUUAUUCUUUUGGAACCACCUAUCAACAAAAUUGUGAGAUUUCUAUUUCUAAGAUCUUAACUGACUUUCCCACUCCCAUAUUUUAUGAUGUGUACCUUGAAUAUACUGAUGAAAACCAACACCAAUAUAUUUGGGCUGUGCCUGUGUUAAACCUAAAUCUUCAACAUAAUAAAAGAUUUGUGAACCAAGACAGUAGCUCUGGCAUGUGGCUUCUGACUCGGCGCAUCUUCUUAGUGGAUGCAGUAAGUGGACGAGAAAAUGACUUAGGAAGUCAGCCAAAAGUAAUUCGAAUUGCUACCCAAAUAUCACUGAGCAUCAACCUUGUACCUAACACAAAAAAUGGAAACAUCUACCCUCCUUUAAUCACUAUUGCCUACCGUGACAUUGAUAUCAAAGAUCCCAAGAGCCAGUCUGUGGAGGUUUCUUUCUCAGUCAAAUAUGAAAUGAAUCAAGGAGAAGCACAUGUUCAGACAGAUAUUGCUUUGGGUGUGUUGGGUGGGCUAGCUGUUUUAGCAGCCCUUUUGAAGACAGCAGCCUGGAAGAGGCGCAUUGGGAGUCCCAUGAUUGAUUUACAGACAGUUAUGAAAUUCUUGGUAUACUAUGCUGGUGAUCUCGCCAAUGUUUUCUUUAUCAUCACAGUGGGAACAGGUCUUUAUUGGCUUAUUUUCUUCAAAGCACAGACAUCUGUCUCUGUUUUGCUACCAAUGACAGUUCAAGAAGAACGUUUUGUUACUUAUGUGGGAUGUGCUUUUGCUCUGAAGGCACUGCAAUUUUUGCAUAAACUCGUAUCUCAGACUACCAUAGAUAUAUUCUUUAUUGAUUGGGAGCGACCUAAAGGAAAGGUUCUUAAAGCUGUUGAAGGUGAGGGUGGUGUACGGAGUGCCACUGUUCCUGUAAGCAUAUGGAGAACAUAUUUUGUAGCAAAUGAAUGGAAUGAAAUUCAGACUGUGAGAAAAAUUAAUUCACUCUUUCAAGUACUUACUGUCCUCUUCUUUUUGGAGGUUGUGGGAUUCAAGAACUUAGCAUUAAUGGACUUAUCCUCUAGUCUUUCUAGAAGCCCACGUAGCUACAUAGCGCCUGAUAGCCGCAUUUUGAGAUAUGCAGUAUCUGCUGCUCUUUGGCUAGUCAUUGGAAUUAUACAGAUCGUGUUCUUUGCUGUCUUUUAUGAGAGAUUUAUAGAAGAUAAAAUUCGACAGUUUGUUGAUUUAUGCACUAUGAGUAAUAUAUCAGUGUUUCUGUUAUCCCACAGAUGUUUUGGAUAUUACAUUCAUGGUAGAUCAGUACAUGGCCAUUCAGAUACUAAUAUGGAAGAAAUGAAUAUGAAUCUUAAAAGAGAAGCGGAAAAUUUGUGUAGCCAGAGAGGUUUGGUACCCAACACGGAUGGUCAGACUUUUCAGAUUGCAAUUUCUAGCCAAAUGAGACAACACUAUGACAGAAUUCAUGAGACACUGAUGAGGAAAAAUGGCCCUGCUAGACUAUUGACUUCAUCAGCAAGUACUUUUGAGCACAGUAUAAGAGCGUAUCAUACCAUGAAUAAAUUUCUUGGCUCUUUCAUCGAUCAUGUUCACAAAGAGAUGGACUACUUUAUAAAAGAUAAGUUGCUUCUUGAAAGAAUUCUUGGAAUGGAAUUUAUGGAACCAAUGGAAAAAAGCAUCUUUUACAAUGAUGAAAGUUAUUCUUUCAGCAGUGUUCUGUAUUAUGGAAAUGAAGCCACUCUUCUUAUUUUUGAUCUGCUAUUCUUCUGUGUUGUGGAUUUGGCUUGCCAAAAUUUUGUUUUAGCAGCCUUCCUUACAUACUUACAGCAAGAGAUUUUUCGAUUUAUCCGUAAUACAGCAGGACAAAAGAAUUUGGCAUCCAAGACAUUGGUGGAUCAAAGAUUUCUGAUUUAAUUUAUUGAAUAGAUUCUGAAAGACUCAGUAUAAUCAUGGCAAAAAAAAUGUCAUGGUAUCAGGUGGGUUUGCCAUAUUUUUAAAAACUUGUAAUACAAAUUAUUAUUUUUUCUUUUUAUCUGCAGAAAGAUUUAUUUUUAUAACUUGCAAAUAUAUAAUGUUCCAUAAUAGAAAAUGUUAUUUUCCCAUUAUGUGUGGUAUUUAAUUCACCAAAUAAUAAAUUAGCACUGACAGUGAAGCAAAAAAAUAUCUAAAUGUUUCCAACAUAACACCUUUAAAUGAUAAUCAAAACAGUCCUCAUAAUUUGUCUCUGUGGAUCAUUUUAUAAGCUGGGAUCUGCCUGCCUUUUCUCAUAUUGACAAAUUAUUUGAUUCCAAGUUCAAGACUAGUUUUCAGUUCAGUAUUUUCAUGUUUUACAUAUUUAUGGUUAAAUAAAUGUUGAAAGAUAUUUUCAAA